AUGGAAAAACCUUCGCUGCAACCUUUUGACAUAUCGGAUACUUCAUCGAUUGGAACACGGUGGAGAAAGUGGAAAAGAUCAUUGGAUCUAUUCUUAGAUGUAAGUUGUAUCGCCUUGCCAUCGAGAAAGAAAGCGUAUUUACUCCACUAUGCAGGACAAGAAGUUCAGGAUAUAUUUUAUGACACGGAAGGCAACGAUAAUCCCCCACCUCCGGGAUCGGAUGUUCACAAAGAAGCUAUCCGGAUUCUAGAUGAGCAUUUCGCUCCAUUUGCGAGCGUUCCCUAUGAUCGGUUUUUGUUUCGGAGCAUCAAACAGCAAGACGCCGAGACUGUCGAGAAAUUUACUGCCCGACUUCGGGAACAAGGUCGACUGUGUGAAUAUGGUGCAGCACUUGAUAUGCGUAUUACAGAGCAAAUUUUUGAUAAUUGUCGAUCCGAAGAAUUGCGAGAAGUCAUCCUAAGAAAAAAACUUAUGACGGUUGCCGAUAUUUUGGAACAAGCACGAAUAAUAGAAACUGUGCAGAGAAACAGAGAACAGAUGAAAAGUCCCAACGUGGUCAAUGACACUGAAGUCAAUCUGGCGAGAAUUUCGAAAAAGGAUGUAUGCUAUCGCUGCGGAAACACGGGACACUUCGCGAGCGACAAGCGAUGCCCAGCAAAGGAUAAAACGUGCGACCGUUGUAAUAUAGUUGGCCAUUUUCAUAAAAUGUGUAAAACAAAACCCGAAACUCGACGAUCUAUGAUGAAGAAGCACAAGAAGAAGAUCUGGCAAAUACGUGACAAUUCGGAUGAAUCAUCUCCUGUGGAAGACAGUGAAUGCGAGACUGACGUAGAAGGAAGCGAAACCGAUGUGCAACAAAUAAAUACAACUGGUGUGAGCCACGAUAAGGUAACUUGCUAUAUAGGCGGCGUUAAGCUGGAUUGGAUUGUGGACUCGGGUGCCCACGUCAACGUAAUCAGUCGCAAGACGUGGUCAUUAUUGAAAAAUCGUGGAUGUACGGCAAACAAUCGACCAAAUCCAAGGAAGUUUUUGCGUGUGUAUGGAAAUGGCAAGCUUAGAGUGCAUAAAGUAAUCAAAACUGAUAUCGCCACUCGUUCGAAGUCCGUUAAUCACAAGGUAUACGUUGUUGACCUUGAAGAUGGUGCUAACUUGCUGUGCAAAAAUACUUCAAUUGCCCUCGGCAUAUUGGAGAUUCAUGGCGAAGUGUUUUCUGUGUCGAACGGAGAAUUACCAGUCGGAAAAGUGAAGAAUCUUCAGGUGGAAAUCAAAAUAAACGAUAAAGUCACUCCCGUGCAACAACCAUGCCGCCGUCUACCGAUUCCUUUACAGAGCCUGGUUCAGGACAAGUUAGACGAUUUACUGAAACAAGACAUUAUCGAGCCAGCUCCGUUGAAAAUAACCUGGGCGUCACCGUUGGUAGUCACACCUAAAGACGGAGGGCGAAACGUUCGUCUUUGUAUAGAUAUGCGGCAAGCAAACAAAGCUAUUAUUCCAGAGCGCCAUCCUUUGCCGACGUUCGAGGAGAUAAUGCCACAUCUCGAAGGGGCAAAAAUAUUCAGCAAGAUCGAUCUCAUAAAGGCCUUCCACCAGAUUGAAUUGGCCCCCGCGUCCAGGGAGAUUACAACGUUUGUUACACCAAACGCCUACUACAGGUACAAAAGAUUGAUGUUCGGCAUGAGCUGCGCGGCGGAGAUCUUCCAACGCGAAAUAGAACGCAUUCUGAAAGGCUUACCAGGCACCAAAGUGUUCAUCGAUGACAUACUGGUUUUCGGAGCUACGAAGGACGAACACGACAGGAGAGUCCUUGCAGUAAUGACCAGGCUGAAAAAGCAUGGCCUCACAGUUAAUAUGGAAAAAUGCGAAAUUGGUCAACAUUCUGUGAAUUUUAUGGGACACACGUUAUCCGAGAGCGGGAUUCUUCCCAUGAACGACAAAAUAAGCGCGAUAAAGUCUUUUCGUCGACCACGUAAUGCGGUAGAAAUGCGAAGCUUUUUAGGGCUGGCAAACUAUGUGGGAAGAUUUAUCCCAAACUUAUCCACGAUCUCUUCCCCUCUUCGGGAAAUGACUCUAAAAGGUUCUAAAUUCCGUUGGACAGACGAAAGUGAACAAUCUUUUGACAGGAUAAAAACAGCGUUAUCAAAUCCCAAACACUUGGGAUAUUACAGCCCUACUUAUCCUACCACAUUGAUAACGGAUGCGAGCGACUGCGGAUUGGGUGCUGUGUUACUCCAGACUAUAAACAAAAUGCCACGAGUCAUUAGCUAUGCGAGCAAGAGCCUUUCCGCCACAGAAAAAAAAUACUCAACAUUAGAUAAAGAGGCUCUGGCUAUCGUGUGGGCGGCCGAGCGUUUUCAGAUGUAUCUAAAAGGCCUCGAAUUUAUCAUCAUGACUGACCAUAAGCCGCUGUUGAAUAUUUUCAACGAAAAGUCGACACCGAAUCAACGUCAAGAAUGGUGGAUUCUAAGAAUGCAAUCAUUUCGAUAUAAAAUUACUCACGUGCCCGGUAAAAUUAAUAUCGCCGACCCGUUGUCUCGGCUCUCCGAAGUUCUGCGAGAAAACACAUUUGAUAGGCGAACUGAAAAAGAGUUAUACUCCAUUGUUCAAAUUAAUAAACCGCCCGCGGUAACAAUGAACGAGAUGAUCAUGUAUUCUCAGGAUGACAAGGAGAUUCAAGAAGUAAAACGUGCUCUCCAUAACGAUAUAUGGAAUGAUGUAAAAAGGUACAUGCCGUUCAAGUCCGAGCUGUGCUUCGCGGGAGAGGUGCUGCUGAGAAAAAACCGCGUUGUUGUUCCAAGUAAUCUGCGAGAAACGGUCUUGUCGCUGGCCCAUUGCGGUCACCCUGGCCGUGAGAAGAUGAAAAGAAGACUUCGUGUAGCAGUUUGGUGGCCGGGCAUAGACGCGCAGGCCGAGCAAAAGUGCAAAGAGUGUUUUGAUUGCCAACUAGUAGCACCGUUUGAUAAACCAGAACCCAUGCGCAUAAGAGAAUUACCGUCUGCUCCCUGGGUACAUUUAGCUGGCGAUUUCCUCGGACCACUUCCAAAUGGUAAUUAUUUGUUUGUAUUGAUCGAUCUAUACAGUCGUUAUGUGCUCGCUGAGCCUAUGAAACGGACUACCUCCAGCGACGUCAUUCGUGUCCUGAAGCAGAACUUCACUAAGCUGGGAUUGCCAUACGCACUCACGUUCGAUAAUGCAAAAAACUUCUCGAGUCAGGAGUUAAAAGAUUACUGUGUAGACCGUGGUAUAAAACUGCUGCACACUACACCGUAUUGGCCGAGUGCAAACGGGGAAGUUGAGAGGCAGAACCGAUCGUUUCUUAAAGUACUGAAAAUUAGCAGGCAACAAGGAACUGAUUGGAAGGAAGCACUCCAGGAAUACUUGUACAUGUAUGCGGUAACGCCGCAUUCGGUAACAGGUGUAUCUCCCGCACAGCUGAUGUUCGGAAGACGUUUUCGUGAUGUAAUUCCUCAUGUUCAUGAUGCCUGGGACGACGGUGAGUUGAGAGAUCGCGAUCUAUUAGCAAAAUGUCACGCAAAGGAGAUCAGGGAUAAGCGAGUCGGUGCCAAGGAAUCCACAGUUACUGUUGGUGACACAGUAUUAAUGAAAAACACGACACUACAGGACAAACUCGCAUCGAAGUUUUUACCGACUCCAGCAAAAAUCGUUAGUCGUUGUUCAAACAGUCUAACCCUUGAAACACCAGAUGGACAAAGUUACAAAAGAAACACAUCUCAUGUGAAACCAUUUGUAAACACUGCAAAACAGAGAGAAACACGCUACGGGGUCACGGAAAUUACACAACCAGAUAAUCAGUCCGUAGCGGCAUCAACGAAAAACAACAUUCUAACACCCGUACGUCAAUCUGUACAAGAAGAAAAAGUCCAAGGUAAAAUUGAGUUACGACCAAGACGAGAAGUAAGGGCUCCCAAAUGGUUUAAUGAUUACACACCGUAA